AUGUUUGACGCACUAUUUCUGAAUGAACACCACUUCUUGGCCACUACCUUCUCUUUUAAUGAUCAAGAAUUUACAGGCAUAUGUAAUACCUCGGCACCUGAUCCAGACACACACCCCAACGAACACAACUCGAUACAGAUAGCGGCAUCUGAUCAAGAGAGCUUUUUGAGUUCAGUCGUGGACCCAAGUUUUGCCGACAGCCACAUCGUAACUACAUACAAUGCGACAGAUGGGAGGUACAGUGACAGCUGUCAACUUUCGGCUGUCGAGGGAGGCAACCUCGAACCCUGGCUGAAUUUCUCUUUUGACACGGCACCAUCGACCUACGCCUCAGUUCAGGAGAAACACAUGUCUAUUUGGCCUGGCGGCUCAUUUGACGUUUCUGCUAGCGAUUUUGACCUCAAUCUAAGCGAGACGAAUAGUUGCGAACCUAUUGACAUAGACGAUGACUGGGUUCCUCAGGACGUCUUUGGGAUGGGCUUCCAGGAUGAGAACGGUGGCUGGCGUUGUAGCCAUGCAGGAUGUCGAUCCCACACGGUAUUCGAGAGAGCCUGCGAUCUUCGAAAACACCAUUUAACACACACAAAGGCCUUCUUCUGCCUGCGUCCCGAAUGUGCGCCUUCAGGUGUUGGCUUCGCAUACCAGAAAGACUACAGGCGUCACCUUCGCUCGCACGAACCAAGUAUUUCUUGCCCUUAUGCCUCCUGUAGCAGGGUCUUUAGUCGGAUGGAUAAUAUGGUGGGUUUUUUGCAUACUUGA